AUGGCGACUUCCCUCGAGCAGCCAAAUGGUGAUCAGCUCGUAGCUGUUGCGAUCAACCCUGCAUCUAUCACGCCGCCUCAAAGUGCCAACGGGAAGAAAGAUGCACCUGAGAUACCCUCGGAGUUAUCCGAUCUUGAGCUAGAUGCCAAGUCUGCUUCUGCACAUGAUGAAGUUCCUAUCAAGAUGGAAGAGAAGGAAGAGCCGGUCCUUGUUGAGGAGGAGAUUGCACCUGAUCACUACUAUGGUGGUGGGAAAAUUCCAGUCUUCAAACCAACAAUGGAACAAUUCCACGAUUUCCAAUCCUACAUCAACAGAAUCGAUAAGUAUGGAAUGAAAUCUGGAAUUGUAAAAGUUAUUCCACCCAAGGAAUGGGUCGAUGCUCAAAAGCCGCUGGACGAGCAAGUGAAAUCGAUUCGCGUAAAGAACCCCAUUAUGCAGGAAUUCCAUGGGUCACAUGGAACAUACACUCAGGCCAAUAUUGAACGUCAACGAACUUACAACCUACCCCAAUGGAAAUCUUUGUGUGAGGAAAGCAGCCAUCAGCCACCAGCGCGCCGUGGAGAAAGACGUCGCAACCAGGAUCGUGCCAACAAAGCUGCUACUUCACGACCACCACCUGCUCCCCGUCCAGAAGGCCAGAAGCGUCGACCUGGCCGCCCACCCAAGCGUGCCAAUCAAGUGAAAAUCAAGGAAGAGCCAAUGGACGAUGCGGAGAAAUCGAAAUCUGAAGGCCCGCCAACCCCUGUGUCUCCGGAAUCACUUCCUGUCGAACCCAAGAGCGAAGAUCUGAGUGACGGAGAGCCUCUUCCUGCUGCGAAGCCCAAGGGAAGACAACCCAAGUCCGUCACUUCACGACGAAAAAACAACCGUGGGGAGACAGUCGAUCACAUUGAUGAAGCGGCAUUCGAAACCUUUGAUUACCGGAUCCACGACAAUGAAGACUACACUGCGGAAAGAUGUGAGGAGCUUGAGACUUCGUAUUGGAAGUCACUCAUGUACAACAACCCCAUGUAUGGCGCCGAUAUGCCUGGCUCGCUCUUUGAUGACUCGACUACUUCAUGGAACGUUGCCAAAUUGCCGAACUUGCUCGAUGUCCUUGGACAAAAAGUGCCCGGUGUCAAUACAGCCUACCUCUAUCUAGGUAUGUGGAAGGCCACCUUUGCUUGGCACUUGGAGGAUGUGGAUCUUUACAGUAUCAACUACAUCCACUUCGGUGCUCCAAAGCAGUGGUACAGCAUCUCACAAGAGGAUGCCCCACGUUUUGAGGCAGCGAUGCGAAGUAUUUGGUCGAGCGAUGCCAAAAACUGCGAUCAAUUCCUCCGCCACAAGACCUACCUUGUCUCUCCAAGCUUGCUCAAGUCCCAGUACGGCAUCACCGUAAACCGAUUGGUUCACUACGAAGGCGAAUUCGUGAUCACCUUCCCUUACGGCUACCACUCUGGCUACAACAUUGGGUACAAUUGUGCCGAGUCCGUCAACUUUGCAACCGAAAGGUGGCUGGACUACGGCCGGAUUGCCAAGAAGUGCCACUGUGAGUCCGAUAGUGUGUGGAUCGACGUAGAUGAAAUUGAACGCAAGCUGCGUGGCGAGGCUACUCCAGAGUACUAUGGCGACUACGAAAGCGAGUUCGGAGUCUUUGAUGGUGCUUCAGACCUUCUUACACCCCCACGCAGUGUACCUGAGAAAACCUGCACUCGUGGCCGAAAGAGGAAAAAUCCGGAUGACGGGCCGAGAACCAAACGACCUAAGCUCCACUCCGAAGGCCCGCGGAAGCUUCCAUGCCUUCUGUGUCCGAAUGAUCUUGACUACGAGGAUCUUUUGCCAACGGAAGAUGGGCAAGGACAUGCCCAUCGACGAUGUGCUGAUUUCAUUGAAGAAACUAGCAUCCUCCGUGACGAUUCGGGUAAUGAGGUGGUUUCUGACAUUGACAAGAUUCCCAAGGCUCGUCUUGGUCUAAAGUGUCUUUUCUGUCGUGAGGUUCAUGGUGCCUGCUUUCAGUGCAACUCUGGGAAGUGCACUCGAGCCUACCAUGCUACUUGUGCCCUUCUGGCUGGAGUUCAAGUUGAACAUGGCUCCAUAGCCGUCAUUGCCGACGAUGGACAACAGUACGCACUAUCCAGCAUAGACUUGAAGUGCAAGUUCCACCGUCAAAAACGACCAUUCGGCUCGCUCGGAGAAUCAUCUGAUCUGGAACGUCGUGUGAUAGCGGCAGCUCAUCGGCAAGUACAAGGUGACUUGAUUCAAUUCCAGGCUGAUAAGGAGAUCAAUGGUGCCAUUAUUCUGGAGAAUCGACCCGCAGAACGGACAUUGUUAGUCAAAGUUCUACCGAGAGGAGAUGUGAUUGAGAUACCAUAUUGUUGGAUGUUGGUAGUCCGCAAGAGCAAUUUUGUACCUCUUGCAGUGGGAAUUCAACCCCUGCCGGCCCACUUGGCGCGAAAGCCGGAACAACGAAAGGACUUAGAAGCAGCGGUGCCGGUAGCAGGAACUGCCUUUGGUGACGGCCGGUCCCCUUACCAGUGGGCCGAAUUUGAGACGGUGGAUGCAACUAGAAACCAAUUUGCCCCACCGGUGAAGGUUCACCUGAACGAAGCUGAACAGGUGUGGCAUUAUCUGGGAGCGCAGUCCACCGAGAGUAGGGCACAGUAUACGCACAACCCUACUGUCUCCGUCCACAACCCGCGGGCCAAUUUCCUGGACAGCGUCAAGUCGCUUGGCGUGGCUGGUGUCAGUGCUCGUGCAUCGAAGAUCUCCCCCCACCAUUCUAUUACCCAUGCUGUUACCGCCCCUGCCCCUCCUUACCAGCAAAAUCUUUACGCCCAACACCGACCGCAACCACAACAAAAACACGAACAUAUCUCAACCGCCAACCAUACCCCUCGCCUACAAUCCCGACCGCCCUCCUCUGCCGCACCCCUGCAGCACCUUGCCCCUCCCCCUCGCUCUGCCCCUCCCACCGGUGCUGCUGCUGCUGGUCCUGCGAUGCCGUCGGCCGCUUUUCGAACUUUACCGAACCAAUCUGCCCGUCAUGCCCCUUAUCCAUCGGUCACCAAGUCGCACGUUCAGCAGCAGCACCACCUCCCCGCCACUAAUACCUUUGCCAAUGUCCGGGAACUUAUUGCCCGUCGACGCCUCGCUCAGAUCACCGAUCAUGCCAAUGUCUUCGCUGGCUAUACCAUCGUCAGCCCUGAAUUGGUAGUCGAGACAUUACUGGGUCCUAUGGGCUCUAUUCCUCCAGCCAAUGGAUUGGAGAAACUUGAGUUAGCUAUGGCUCAGCAGCGGGUACAGCCCCGGGCGGCGGAUGGCACUCUUCUUCCGCCUCAGACCCUGAACAUGCGGUCUGAGGAGGUGACGCGACUGCUCAACAUGCUUCGGUUUUCUCUUGUCAGCCACCGUGAGCGCUUGGAUGUUAUCCAGAAGAAGGAGUCCGAGGGUGUCAAGUUGGAGACCAUCGAUCGGGGCAGUGUGGCCGCCGCCAAGAUGCCUGGGAAAUACGCCUUCCUCGAUCAACAACGUGCGUUGGCCCCCAAUGUUUACCAAUCUCCGUACAACAUGCCGUCGGGUCUGUCGGAGUAUGCCAAGACUACAUAUGGGCUCAUCCCAUCACCGGAAGAGCCACCUAAACCGUCACUGGCCAACGAUUUCUUCGCCAGUCUCUCACCAGAAAAUCAGGAGAAAAUUAUGAGGACCUGUGGUAGCUUUGUUCAGCGAGCCAUCGAACGUUCUGCAAGUCAUAGUCGACAUAGCUCAGCAUCAAAUCUUCGGCUAUCGUCCGUGCUCGCCCAGCAGACGCAAAACCCCACGAUCGACAUCACAACGGUUGACGAUCCUCCACUCUCAGGGCUCGAUCUACCUUUGCAUGCUGAUUCGCCGUGCUCAAGUUUUGGCCGGUCGCAUCUGCGCCUUCAAUCACCGAAUGACUUCCCUAUCCAUGGACCUGAUCCUCAUCCAGAUCACCACGAUCUAUUUGGCGAUCAACAAGCCAACACCCGUUUCUGGCAAAAUGGACCCUGGAUCGCUGGUGAUGGCAAUACCCCCAACGAGGAGCACCGACCAUUUUUUGGCCCCCAUGAACGUUUGAAGCAUGACUAUGCCUCUUCAGAUAUCUCCUUGGGCAAAGGACCUGGCUCUUUGCAUUCUGUUGACAUGGCUGGCUUCGGCUUUGACGGUCCGGAUGAUCUUAUUGGUGGACUCAGCCCAUAA